AUGCCCACCAACCAGUCCUCCCCCUGGGGUGGGGGGAAGCUACGGGCUUGCUCUAAUGCUGACGGUCCUGCCACUACAACACCUGUCAGUACACACGCCAAGACAGUUGCGGCCACUAAGGUGCCUUUUAGUCAGACUUCCCUAGAGUUAUCCAGGAGAAAGGACCAAGCCAAAUCUCUCUCCUCUGCUGUUGCCUCCUCUGCCUCCCCGUGGAGGCAGACAACAGUGGCCCCCUCUGGGGCUUCUGUAUGGGACAAUGGGGACGGACGUAAAACCAACAACCAGAGCCAAUUCACCGCUGUGCCAGAUCGGUCUCCAACCCUGCCACAACAGCUUAAUGUGAUUCAAAUCCCAAACCAGGUACUGGCAACAGGACAGAAGCAGGCUGGCAGCAGCCUCACAGAGACCAAUGCCCCUUCCUCCAUCCCCAAGAAAGAAUGUCAGGCUGGGUUUAAUGGUCUGCUGAUGGGUACCAUGCAGAACUGGACGUCGCUCCAAACCUCUCAGCCUGAAAACGGUUUAGCAAUGGGCAGACGUCUGGAUGCCACAGAGGUCAGUCCCUUUCCAAAUGGCCCCAUGCCAACUGUGCUCAGUGCCAGUGUCAGUGCCAGUCAAGAGCAGCAGCCCACACCGUCGGAUAUCAUCCCAGAUGUGGCCCCCUGUCCUGCAGGAACCCUGGUGGGUUCUGUGACCACUCAGAUCUCCGCUAUCCACCUGACCAAGCAGGGGCAGCCUGCCUCCAUGUCAUCUUCAUCCUCGUCCCCUUCUUCUUCCUCACCCUUGCCGACAGAGGAGUGUGCGGUUGGCGAGACUCAGCUGUCCGGCCGGGAGUGUGUCAUGCAGGUGGAUGGAGGUGAGGAAGAGCUGCCCGAUGAGCUGGAAAACGCUUGUAGUGACGACGAUGAUUCAGACUGUUCAUCCAGCAACGGCGCUUCAUCUACAGCAUCCUUCGCUCUCCUCUCUGGUGUUGAGGAGCCGAUGUUAUUGGGGGCCGAGGAUGAUCAAGAAGAGCAUCCAGCGCUGGUUCCCAGUUUGUUCCCCCUCAUCCCUCCAACACUCUACUUCAGCACCGCCAGUGAGAAAGUGGAGCUGCUGCCUGCGGAACAAAGACGACUGUUAAAAUGGAAGAUAAGCACCGUCACUCCUAACGUGGUCAAACACACCAUCGCCAGGUCCCACUUCAAAGCCACCAAGAGUAACCACGACUGGCUCGGCUGCUGGGGACACCACAUGAAGUCUCUUGGCUUCAAGGCGCUUGAGGAGCACCAGAAGUUGAACCACUUCCCAGGGACGUUCCAGAUUGGCAGGAAGGACCGGCUGUGGAGGAACCUGUCCAAGAUGCAGGCUCGCUUUGGGAAACAGGAGUUUAACUUUUUCCCCCGAACCUUCAUCCUUCCUCAGGACAUCAAGCUGCUCCGCAAGGCCUGGGAGGACGGUGGCUCCAGGCAGAAAUGGAUCAUCAAACCUCCUGCAUCAGCCAGAGGAAUCGGCAUCCAGGUCAUCCACAAAUGGAGCCAGAUGCCCCGCAAGAGGCCGCUGCUGGUCCAGAAGUACCUUCACAAGCCCUACCUCAUCAGCGGCAACAAGUUUGACCUGAGGAUCUACGUGUACGUGACGUCCUACGACCCGCUCAGAAUCUACAUCUUCACUGACGGACUGGUUCGAUUCGCCAGCUGCAAAUAUUCGUCUUCCAUGAAGACUCUGAGUAACAAGUUCAUGCACCUGACCAACUACAGCGUCAACAAGAAAAACUCUGAAUACCAGACGAACAGCGACGACAAGGCCUGCCAGGGACACAAAUGGGCUUUGAAGGCUUUGUGGCAAUAUCUGGGUUCUAAGGGAGUCAACACCACUCUGAUAUGGGAGAAGAUUAAAGACAUUGUGAUCAAAACCAUCAUUGCGUCAGAACCGUACGUCAACAGCCUGCUGAAGAUGCACGUCCGGACGCCGUACAGCUGCCACGAGCUGUUCGGCUUCGACAUCAUGCUGGACGAGAACCUCAAACCCUGGAUCCUGGAAGUUAACAUAUCACCCAGCCUCCAUUCCAACACAGCGCUGGAUGUUUCCAUCAAAGGUCAGAUGAUCAGAGAUCUCCUGAACCUGGCUGGCUUUCGUGUUCCUCAAAGAGAUGAUGUGGUCGCUCCCUGCAGCAGCACCUCCAGCUCCACCAGCAGUCUGUGUGGCGGGAACAGGGAGAGGAACAAACAAGAUCUGUCUGCUGAUGAGAAAGUUAAACGGGCGUUUUACCUCACACAGCGCUACGCCGACCAGGACUUCCUCCCUACAGUGUUGGAUAUCUUGACUCCAGAGGACGUUCGCGUGCUGGCAGAGACCGAAGACGAGCUGAACCGCCGGGGAGAGUUUGAGCGAAUUUUCCCGUCGCCGUCGUCAUCUCGCUACCUUCGCUUUUUCGAGUGUCCGAGAUACCUCAGCAUCCUGCUGGAUCAGUGGGAGCAGAAGUACUGGAACAACAGGACAAAGGGUAUCAGUCUGCUGAGGACUCUCUGUCAGAAAGGAGUCCAUCUGGGAACCAGUGACCCUGCUCAUAUAUGGUCCAAGUGCAGCUACAUCUCCAGGUUCGAACCCCACAGACAAGACAUUGUCAGCCCAUCAAGAUCCAGGGUGGUGGUCAGCCAUCGUCACCGGUCCCAUCGUGAUGAUAAUGACGACGGGUCAGACAGGGAAGUCGCUUCGGUCUCCAGUCUGCCUGUUUCGCCAAGUCCUGGAUCUAGUGUCACCAGCAGUGCCUGUGCAAGUCCUCAGCCCAGCCUCACCCAGAGCCUGCUGCCCCAACAGUUUGCCUCGCUCUGA